AUGGCUAUCUUUAAAGUCACUCCAUUGCUUUUAGCUGCUAUUACCAGUUUUUUCUCCCUUGAAGCAUUUGCUGCCACAAUUUCAUUGAACGUUACCAAUUCCGUCACUAUCAACAAUAUCGCUUACAAAAUUGUUGAAUACAUCGAGCGAGAUGUAGUAGUGAUUGGUGGAGGUUCCUCUGGAACAUAUGCAGCAAUUGGUCUACUCGACUCGAACAAGACCGUAGCAGUCAUCGAUAACCAAGAUCGCAUGGGAGGGCACACCAAUACCUAUACCGAUCCAGCCACUGGCCUCACCGAAGACUACGGCGUGGUAAUCUACCACAAUAUUGAUAUCGUCAAGACUUAUGCUGCUCGUCUUAAUGUUCCUUUGGCUGUGGCCGAUAUUUCCGGUGGAAGCACAGUGUAUGCCGAUUUUCGCACUGGCAUCGAGAACUCCACGUACUCUACCGCCGGCUUCACCACCGGUCUCGCGCUUUACAUCGCGCAACUCGAGAAAUACUCUUAUGUCGAGACUGGAUUCGAAUUACCAAGCCCCGUCCCCGAAGAUCUUUUGCUAAGCUUUGGAGAUUUUGCCAUCAAAUACAAACUCGGGGAUGAAUUUCUCGGAUUUCUCUUCAAUUUUGCUCAGGGUCUCGGAGAUUUACUUUCCAAGCCUACGUUGUACGUUUUCAAGAACUUUGGCAUGGGUGUGAUCGACUGCUUAACAACUGGUUUCUUGGGCACCGCUGCACACGACAAUAGUUUGAUCUACGAAAACGCCCAAGCCAUUAUCGGAAAUGACAAUGUAUUCCUCAGCGCUACCAUCGUGGCCGUAAACCGCAAUGGUGAUUGUGUCCAAGUACUCAUCAGUACACCUUCUGGAUACAAAUUCAUCGAAGCCCAGAAACUUAUCUUUACCAUCCCCCCCAAGAUAGAUAAUCUCACGGGUUGGGAUCUCAGCACCACAGAAAUAACCCUCUUCUCCCAAUUCAACAACUGCGGCUACUACACCGCCGUCUUCACCAACACCGGUCUCCCCACCGGCAUCUCCAUCACCAACAUCGGUGAGAACACCACCUACGGAUUCCCGCCCCUCCCAGCCGCUUACUCCAUAGGCGCGACCGCUAUCCCCGAAAUCUACAAUAUGUACUACGGAUCCCCUACUUCUCUCCCCGAUAACGAAGUUCAAGCCGCCAUGUUUGCCGAAAUCGGUAAACUUCAACUUCUCAAUAAAAACAACGACACCAGUACCCCCGAACUCCUGGCUUAUAGUAGACAUACGCCGUUUGAAUUGUGGGUACCGGCUGAAGCUAUUGAGGCGGGUUUUUAUGGGGAGUUGUAUGGGUUGCAGGGGGAGCGUAAUACGUGGUAUACGGGUGCGGCGUUUCAUACGCAUGAUUCGAGUAUGUUGUGGCAGUUUACUGAGGCGUUGAUGAAGGAGAUUAUUGCGAGUUUGGAGUGA